AUGUUGCCCUCAUUUCUUCGAGCAAACAAUGACUCCGGCGAUGCGGACGGCCGGCACGCGUACGCUCCGCUGGGAAGUUUCGACUCGAGCAAAGAAUACAAACCCGCGGUCGAUGACGCAGAGGAUGACUCAACAUUAGAGGCGGAAGACUCGCUACUUCCCAUCAACAAACGGCGGCGAGAUGCCUGGAGAAGACUCUCGAGGGCUGCCUCCUUUCUGGUCCCAAGUUUCCUAGGACCAAAAGAAGACAAGGCAAGGCCACUUCGCUCUACGGCUUGGCUAGACGGCUUGCGAGGUAUUGCAGCGUUAUGUGUUGUGUUCGUUCACUGCGGUCUAGUGUGGUUCUCGUGGGACAUCCAACUAGCAUGGACACCGAACCCGCCUCGAAGAUGGUGGCUCUACCAACUGCCUAUCCUACGGCUCGUCGUCUCAGGCCUCGCCCCCGUCUCCGUCUUCUUCGUCGUGUCCGGCUACACAAUAUCACACCGCGUCCUGACGCUGGCUCGACGGGGAGAGUUCGACAAAGCAGGCUCGGCUAUCGCGUCGUCCGUCUUCCGCCGCCACACCCGGCUCUUCCUCCCAGCCGCCGUGGUCAGUUUCGUUGUCGCUAUCAUGACUUGGCUUAACUUGUUCCCCGACCAGGGGCUGCCCGGCGUGGCCUACCCAACGAGGGUGCCACCGCACUUUGACUCUCUGUGGGACCAGCUACGGCACUACAUCAUGGCCGAGGCCAUGACCACCGACCCCAUCGGCCAACCUCAUGUCCGGGCCGAUUCCGACAUACCGGAACCUAUAUACGAUCCCCACCUCUGGACAAUUCCGCUUGAAUUUAUCAGCUCCAUGGUGGUAUUCAUGUUCCUGACGGCCUUCACCAGAGUACAUAACAGAAUCAGGAUGUUCUUCGCGCUCAGCUUGGCGAUCUAUCUUGAAUGGUUGUAUGUCUAUUUUGGCAUGUUCCUGUUCCUCAGUGGGAUGUUCUUGUGCGAUCUGCAUCUCGAGCUCGAGGAAAGGCAAUGGCGGUGGCCAGCCUCCCGCUCUGAAGCACAGCACCGGGGCACAUCGCCCUUGGAUGGGGUUGCACAUCGAACGGAGAAGCAAGGCAGCACGUCUCACGGCGUUCUUGGACGGGGCGUCGGGCUUGUCUCGUUCGUGAUCUCGCUGUGGCUACUCAGCAUGCCCGAAGACAUGGAGCAGGCAGCGCAGGCACCAGGCUACGUGACCCUAGUAUCCUUGGUUCCAGCAAGAUUCCAAGAGUGCCUCGUGAUACCAGUUGGUGCAGUGCUAACGGUACUCGUUGUCGACCACGCCACAUUCCUGCAAAUUCUCUUCACGAAUCGUUUCUCUCAGUACAUGGGCAAGAUCUCUUUUUCACUGUACAUGAUCCAUGGACCACUCCUUUACUCAUUAGGCUUGGUCCUGGGUCGGUGGACUGUUGGUCUUGUCGGCGGCGGAGACUCUGAGAUAUCCUACCUAUUUGCCAUCCUGUUGGCAUUCAUGCUAUGGGCGCCGGCGGCGAUAUAUCUUGCCGAUCUCACUACUACCUUUGUAGACGCGAAGGCGAUAGAGUUCUCCAGGUGGGCAUACGGGAUGCUUUUGAGAGAAGAAUGA